AUGAGCAAGAACAGCCAGCCUGAGCCCGAUUGGAGCAAGGUGCCUCUGAGUGACGAGAUAACCUGGACAGACGUCAAGAGCGCCAAUGGCCGAACCUUCAAGGUCGGGGUCCCCAAAGGAACGCCCAUCACGUCUGCCGAAGUGAAUGGUCCCGCCGACAAUGUUUUAGCUGAGAGUAGCAAGCAACCCUUCGAUAUCACGGUCAACUGGACCGGGGGACCGCCUCCACAAGGCUUCUCCACUUUCAAGACACCUACGGCCCAAGAAACCCAGAUCACCAGCAUCACCCGAUACAACUUGCAAACCAGUGGGAUCGACUACAAUGAGUUCUCCUUCUCCUGCACUGAGACGUACGACUUUUACUUCUACGAUAAGACUGGCGAUUACUAUGAAGUCAAUGUCUUCUGGGCCAGACCCGACACCUUGCACUACGUCUCGUACUUCUCCAGCGACCCUACCAUUGUCAGGGUGACUGGUAGUUAA